AUGCUUACAGAGACCGAGGCUCACCGUAAUCCCCUCAGCGAGCUCCAGGUGAUGCAGCUUCUGCAUCCAGAUGCCAAGGAGUCGCUGCAGGAGGCGGCACAGAAGGACCCCGGAUUGCCACGCACCAGCCCGACGUGGUCGACGUGGCUGCGCAGCCUGCCCGAGCACUUUUCAACGAAGCACGGCCCACGGCCGCUGCCCGACGCAGCCGACAUUGUCAUCGUCGGGUCGGGAUUCUCGGGCGCGUCAACCGCGUACCAUCUGCUGUGCGAGCUCCAGUACCCAGGCAAGGUGGUGAUGAUCGAAGCCCGCGAUGCCUGCUCUGGAGCCACUGGUCGCAACGGCGGCCACAUGACGGCUCCCAACUACCGCGACUUUCUGAUGGACGUCGAGCGCUAUGCGCACCGCAUGGCGGUCGAGGACGGGCGUGUCGAACCGACAGAGGCAGACCGCGAGAUUGCCGUGCGCAUGACGGUCGAGACGCGGCGCUUCGACGAUGAGGGCGUCAAGGCCAAUAUUGCCUUUGCCAAGGAGCACAAUAUCGACUGCGGCUACAGACAGGGCGAGAAUGUGCAGGUCUACGAUACACCCGAGGUAUAUGCGAUUGGACAGAAGCACUUCCAGGCUGCACAGAAGGCCGGCCUGACUGGCGCCCGCUGGCUGAGCAAGGAGGAAAUGAAGAGGGUUCUUGGAACCACCGAGUAUGCGGCUGCCGAUGCUGUGCCGGGAGCACACAUGUUCCCGGCCAAAUUUGUGUGGUACCUGCUCGAUCAGGCCAUUGCGAGCGGGCUUGAGCUGCACACGCACACGCCGGUCAUCGACGUCAACAACGGCGUUGUCACUACCAAGGACGGCAGCGUGGUCACAGCAAAGCACGUUGUGUUUGCAACCAACGCGUGGACAUCGCAUCUGGUGCCAGAGCUGCGCGGCCACAUCAUCCCGCUCCGCGACCAGGUCAUCACUGUCCCACGCACCGACUCGGCCACCGAGCCGGUUCUGCCCUCCGGCGGCCUGUGGAUGAGCAAUGGGUCCGAGUACGCCAUCGAGCUCUCGAACGGCGGCCGGCUGAUCAUGGGCGGAUUCUACGAGGAGAGCGGUCGCCACCAGGCCGGCAAUGCCAACGACGCCGAGCUCAUUCCUGGAGUCAGCACCGACCUGCGCGAGGCGCUGGUUUCCGUCCCUCCGCUGCAAAAGUUCCCGUAUGACAAGCCAGCCAGUCCCGAGAUCCACGAGUGGACCGGCAUCAUCGCGGUGUCUAAUGACAGCGCCCCGUAUGUGGGCAAGCUGGAGAGGCUGAGCUCUGACAAGUACUCCGCAUGGAUUGUGGCCGGCCACAACGGCGAGGGCAUGCCGCGCUGCUUCCUGUUCGGCAAGUACAUUGCGCAGAAGCUUGCCCAGUCGUUUGGCAUGCAUGUGGCCGACCCGAUCGCCAUCCCGCGUGCCAUGAAGCCGAAUCCGCACCGCGUCAGUAAUCUAGACUACUUUGCCUGGAAUCUCGAGUAA